AUGGACCCAGAUACUUUUUACAAACUUCUAGCGAAAGUGCAGUAUCGAAUUGAGAAACAAGACACCAAUAUGAGGGAUUCUAUAUCUGCAUUAGCUCGACUGGAGGCAACACUCUUAUUUCUCAGCACUGGAGCCAGCUACUCGUCACUCCAGUAUUCUACACGAAUUUCUAAGCAGAGUUUGUCACAAAUAGUACCAGACACCUGCCAAGCAAUAUAUGACGAGCUGAAGGAUGAGUAUCUGCAGACGCCUAGUACCCCAGAGAAAUGGAAAAGUGUGGCAGACGGCUUCAACACAAGAUGGAACUUCCCAAACUGUCUGGGGUCAAUUGAUGGAAAGCACAUUGCCAUAACGGCUCGAGCUGGUAGUGGUUCCUAUUAUUACAAUUAUAAAGGCAACUACACCGGGUCGUGGCUAAUUGGCCAUAUGUGA